CAUGUGUGUUGUUCACAAUGGAUGUAUUAGUUUUUACCACCUCGUUAUUCAUUCAGUUUUUCCCAGUGACAGAAUGAACUGCAUAAGCGAAAUAUGUACGUACACUCCGAUCUCGCCAUUUGUAAGCGCUAAUCUGUAUUCACACGCACUCUGAGAGGAGGGAUGUAGUGCGGAGUCUGGCAACUCUGUAACCGGGACCGCUGUCGGGAUGAGCAGGGACUGGGAGUCCUGGAUUAGCUAACGUUCGCCACAGGUUGUCAUUGAACGUGUCUUCUCCAACUGAGUCUGAUGUGGGCCCCUGUGUUGGUGAACUGGUCGUGAAGCUGCAGUCCUGAGGGCCAAGCCGCCGGGGUCGAUAGACGCUACGCAACAUGUCUAAGAGCAAGAGCUCCGAGUCGGUCAAGGUGGUGGUCCGUUGUCGGCCCAUGAAUGAAAGAGAGCUGGCAGCCAACUUUCAAAGCGUGGUUGGCGUCGAUGUCAAGUUGGGCCAAAUCGUGGUCAGGAACCCCAGGGAGGCCUCGGCCAGCGAACACCCGAAAGUCUUCACGUUUGAUUCAGUCUACGACUGGAACUCCAAACAAAUAGAUUUAUACGAUGAAACCUUCAGGCCCCUGGUGGAUUCUGUACUUCUCGGUUUCAACGGGACUAUCUUUGCCUAUGGGCAGACCGGUACAGGGAAAACCUACACUAUGGAGGGGGUGAGAGACGAUAUAGAGAGGAGAGGGGUGAUUCCAAACUCCUUUGAGCACAUCUUCACUCACAUUUCCCGCUCCCAGAAUCAGCAGUACCUGGUGAGAGCAUCGUAUCUCGAAAUUUACCAAGAGGAGAUCAAAGAUCUGCUCUCCAAAGACCAGACGCGUCGCCUGGAGCUCAGAGAGCGGCCCGACACCGGCGUGUACGUUAAGGACCUCUCGUCAUUUGUCACCAAGAGCGUACGGGAGAUUGAACGUGUCAUGAACGUGGGCAACCAGAACCGCUCGGUGGGUGCCACGAACAUGAACGAGCACAGCUCCCGUUCGCACGCCAUCUUUGUCAUCACCGUGGAGUGCAGCGAGCUGGAUGACGACGGGGAGAACCACAUCAGAGUUGGCAAACUGAACCUGGUCGAUUUGGCCGGGAGCGAACGGCAGACCAAGACCGGUGCUCAGGGGGAGAGGCUUAAAGAAGCCACCAAGAUCAAUCUGUCCCUGUCAGCGCUGGGGAACGUCAUAUCGUCUCUGGUGGACGGCAGGAGCAGCCACAUCCCCUACCGAGAUUCAAAACUCACCCGACUGCUGCAGGACUCCCUGGGGGGCAACGCCCGCACCGUCAUGGUCGCCAACAUCGGCCCGGCGUCCUACAACGUGGAGGAGACGUUGACGACGCUGCGCUAUUCCAACAGGGCGAAGAACAUCAAGAACAAACCGCACAUCAAUGAGGACCCCAAGGACGCCCUGCUGAGGGAGUUCCAGGAGGAAAUCGCCAGGCUUAAGGAGCAGCUGCAAAAGCGCUCGGGGAGGAAGAAAAAGAGGAGGGGGAGGAGGAGGGACGGGAGCGACGGGGAGGACCAGGAGAACGGAGAAAUGGAGGACGAGGAGGAGGACGAGGACGACAAAGCGGAUUACUGGCGGGAGCAGCAGGAGAAGCUGGAGAGGGAAAGGAAGGCCAUCAUGGAGGAUCACAGUCUGGUGGCUGAGGGGAAAGUUCUGCUGCUUAAGGAAAAAGAGAAGAAGAUGGAAGAUUUGAAGAAGGAGCGGGAAGCUGGAGAGAUGCUUUCAGCCAAAGUGAAGGCGAUGGAGAGUAAGCUCCUGGUAGGGGGGAAGAACAUCGUGGAUCACACCAACGAGCAACAGAAGAUGCUGGAGCUGAGGAGGCAGGAGAUUGCUGAGCAGAAACGGCGGGAGCGGGAGAUGCAGCAGCAGAUGGAAAACCGCGACGAAGAGACUCUGGAGCUGAAGGAGACCUACAGCUCUCUGCACCAAGAGGUCGACAUCAAAACCAAGAAGCUGAAGAAGCUGUUUGCCAAGCUGCAGGCGGUGAAGGCAGAAAUCCACGACAUCCAGGAGGCUCACAUCAACGAGCGCCAGGAGCUGGAACAGACCCAGAACGAACUCACCAGGGACCUCAAACUCAAGCAUUUGAUCAUCGAGAACUUCAUCCCCUUGGAGGAGAAGAACAAAAUAGUCAACAGGGCUUACUUUGAUGAGGAGGACGAAUACUGGAAAAUAAAGCCCAUCACACGCAUAGAGGAUGACCAUCAGAUGAUGAGCAGGCCUUUGUCCGCCGUUGGCUGCAGGAGGCCUCUCAGUCACUAUGCUCGCAUGGCCAUGAUCACGAGACCUGAGAUGAGAUACAAAGGUGAAAACAUCAUGAUGCUGGACUUGGACCUGCCCGCUCGGACCACCAAAGAGUACCAGGAGCCGGUUAUCGCCCCUAAGGUGGCGGCAGCUCUGGAGAGCGCUCUUAAGGAUGAGGAUGAGAUCCAGGUGGAUGCCUCUGGCUUUCACAGCCGCUUGGGAUCAGCCCCACCUGCAGGCGGCAGCCUCAAGAAACCAAAGUCCAGUCGACCAAGAACCGGCAAGAAGUCGAGCACCCCCACCUCUCCAUACAGCCCCUCAAGUCCAGGAUCCCCGCUCUACCCACAAUCCCGCGGCCUGGUGCCCAAGUGACUGCUUCUACAACUGCGACCACCGACCCAACCUCUUUCUUGCACCUUUUCACUUUGGGACUUUGGCUCCCUUUUUAAGUCCAACACUAAUGCUGCUUAGUAGGUUUUAACUGUAAGCCCGUUUAGGCUGAGUCAGUCCAUCACGAGCCACGCAUGAAGCCUCCCAUCGCUGCACACGGCUCUUCCCGUACUCCACCUCGGGCUCUACGCCACGGACGUGUGUGCUGCUGGAGUCACUACACUCGGCGGUCUCUUCUUUCCUGCAGGAUCGAUUGUUGUUCAACUGAAACAAACCGGACCAAAUGUAUGAUUCACAUUUCAAGUCAGUUUGGUCAGUUUGUGUUGGUGUUCUAGUCCGGAAAAGCAGAAGAGAACCUUGUGUUGCUUGCUCACUCCACUUCCAUUCCUCAACAACAGCCUCCCUUGAGCAGCUCCCCAGGUAAAAUUCCUGCAGGUUCUUGUGCGAUUAUGCUUGACACGGAACAUUUUCCACCAAACCUGUAGUUCCUUGUGCUUUUCUUCAGUUUCGUGGGAACGAGACCUUCUACCUUUUUCCAACCUGAAGGCGCGGCAAGCGAUGCAGAUACACAACUGAUGUACGUGUGUUUAUAUAGAUAUUGUAUAACAUAGUCACAAUGAUCUUAAUGUAUAGAAAACAAUGGACAGUGUUGGGAGUUGUGCGUGCGUGUGUGCGUUUUGUGUCUUAAAGGAAUCCUACCACAUUUUGGGAAACAAGCUAAACAUGCAGCGACUUCGGAACACUUUCCACGCGUCUUGUUGGAGGAGAUGUGGUGGUUCCAUCCAGCUGUGGUCCUCCCGGCUUCCUGUACGCGGCAAAUACAAGUUGUCGCAUCUCCUGAGAUGCAAAAUUUGUGGGUUCCACACCGCAUGAUUGUAAACAAACAAAGGAGCCGUCCACAUGGAGACCUCCACCCAGUCACACCCACCCACUAUGGACACACUGUAGGGGGCGGGACACAGCAGAGACCUCCCUAAUGGAUCAGCGCCUACCAACUUCCACCACACGCCCACCAGGCCUCUAGAGUUCCUGUCCUGGAAUGUGCCUCGGAUUCAUCAGGGUUCCAAGGUGCCUUAACCCGCGUCCCUUAAUCUCUGCUCCUUUUAAUUCCAUGUGCGCACGCACACACUCACUCUCGCCUUUCUUACCAAACCUUCAUUCUGGACGGGGUGCACUCGUACAGCGCCGCAUUCGCAAACCGCAUUCCACCAGAUCAGGGUUUUCUGGGUGCGCACCAUAGAGGUCGGAGGCGCUCUCUUUGCAGCACUGUGCCCGACGGUCAAGUGGACUCGGCCUUCUUGACCACCAAUCAUGUGUGUGUGUGUGGACCGCCAUGGCUCGGCCUGCCUCUGCUUCCUCGCGCUGUCCGCUUGCUGCGACCCUGAAGGGCUUUACGACCCACUGACAUUUGAAAUGGCCACGGAUAUCAUCUCAAAGGCGAGAUUUGUGCGCGUGUUUGAGAGCCAUCAGGCCUCACUGGUUAGAAGACUUCCAACUAAAGAGUUCCAAAGUAAAGUGUGUGCUUGUUGACCCGUGUCUGCACACCUCUGGUAUGCAGCGAUGUUUAUUGACUUGAUUGUUCAUCCUCACUCACUUUUACAGAUAUAUAAUUUAAAAAAGAACACAUCUAAUUUAUGAUCUUUUGUUUUUAUAUACAGAUGUAGAUAUAAUUUUCUAAUCCGUUUGUUCUUUGAAAUAGUUUUAUAUUUUGAGUUAAUUUAAUGUUCUGAUUCCUUUUUUUAUGGACUCUUUUGUAUCCAGCAAAGUACAGGAUUUCUUUAGAUGUAUUCACUCCACGGUCUAAUAGUUCCAUGUUCACUGCACGUAGUGUCGUAAACUCAGAAUAAGGGCUCACAUCCCUUAUGCUUGCUGCAUGACCAGCUGGAGAGCUCACUCAGAGGAGCAAAAUGUGAAUUUGAAUACCUGUUCAUCUGUAUCCCAUAGCAGCAACACUGGAUCAAAACUCCACAUUAAGGACUUUUUGUGACCAACCUUUUACGAGUGUGUGUGUGCACGCAGUUUAGUUUCUUUCAAUGAUUAAAGACAAUUCAAUGACAACAA